UGCUGAAACAUCAGUGAUGGAUGCGCAUGUAGGCGGAAGGGUUCCUACAAACAGCGCAGAGUGAGUGGUUUGGUAGCGGCUGCAGCAGCAGGAGGAAGGACGGUGGUUCUACCCCUAGUGUCUUUCAGUUUAGCCAGAACAUUAUAUCGGUGUGCCAAUUUUGAUAGUAAUUGGUGAUUUGAGUAUUAGACCAAGGUAUUAUUUGAGAUAUAUUUCGAAUAAUUUCCUUCCGGACAGAGACCGGAACCGCCAUUUUAAUCGAGUAUAACACGUUUUCGGUGACGGCAGCGCUAGCACAAUACAAUGGCUCUUAAAAGAAUUCACAAGGAGUUGAAUGACUUGGCACGGGACCCACCAGCCCAGUGUUCUGCAGGACCAGUAGGAGAUGACAAAUAAGUAUCCAGCCCCAUCCUGGGCUUUGCCUCAGCCUGACUUCAUAACAUUCCUACUACCUCUCGCUACUCUGGCUGACUACAUCUGGUGGUUUCACUUCUGUUUUUCAGUGUUUCACUGGCAAGCCACAAUAAUGGGACCUAACGACAGUCCUUAUCAGGGUGGGGUAUUCUUCCUGACCAUUCACUUUCCCACAGACUACCCCUUCAAACCGCCAAAGGUUGCGUUUACCACAAGAAUCUACCACCCAAAUAUCAACAGCAACGGCAGCAUCUGUCUCGACAUCCUGCGAUCACAGUGGUCUCCCGCCCUAACCAUCUCCAAAGUUCUCCUGUCAAUCUGCUCUCUGCUGUGCGACCCAAACCCGGACGACCCCUUAGUACCGGAGAUCGCCCGCAUCUACAAGACGGACAGGGAAAAGUACAACAGAAUAGCUCGGGAAUGGACACAAAAGUAUGCAAUGUAGUGUUGGAGUAGAAUCAUGGCGAAACCACCUGUACAACUAAGGUUAGGGGAGCUUUGAAAGUAAAGAGAAGUUAAAGCGGAUCUUGUUGGUUUCCAUUGGAGUGCUUUCUUUGAGCCACGCCUCCCCUUAACCAGAGCACCUCCCUCUUUCCUUUCCCCCCUCCCUUUACGACCAAUUCUCCACCCCACUUAACCUGGCAGCCAUGGUGUACAUAUUCUCAAACCGCAAUCAUGCCCCUUGCGCUCCCCUCCUUAUUCCUGGUCAUAUCUCUGAUGCAGGCUGGGCUACUCUCCCCCUGAUGUUUCCAUAGGGCCCUGCCUGCGCCUUCACUCCAAAUGUUCUUGACUCUAAAAGCAUUCCUUAUCAUCUCUAUGACUAGGGGGCUGUUUUUUUUUUUGGUGGGGAGGGGUGUCUAAAAUUGAAGGAUUUUUACACUCUUAUACCUUAUUUUGUCUCCUGAUAUCCCAGCCAUAUAGACAUGAUUUCAGGAAAGCUUAUCACAUGUUGAGUUGAGGGCACUCAUGUAUUUUGUAUAAAAUCUACAAAGGAAUUAUUUAAAAAUCAUAGCAGGCUAUAAAAUGGAAAACUGAAUGGCCUUCUGGUCUUCUCUCAAAUUAUAUGAAAGGACUUUAAUUGAUCCACUGUCCCCCACCAUUCCCAUAAACCAAGAUUGUUUCUGUGCACCCCCCCCCCCCAAACACCCUUUCCCCACCUUCAGACCACCACCUUCAUUACAUUCACAAACUGGAGGUUUUGGACCAGGUAUUUAAAGAGUUUUCUUAGUUUAUCUUGUGUUUUAUUAUUUCCCUAUAACUCUUAGGUUGUAUUUUUGCUAUUGCUGAAAUUGGAGGCGAACAACAUCUUCAGGCUGUGGGGCUGGCUUGGGCUCUGGGUGUGAGGACACAAAUGCUCCUCGCCCAAACAAACUCUGUAUAUUGAAUUACCUGAGAGGCUCUUUGAGCUUUGUGUGUUGAUUAAACUGUGUAAUAAAAACCACGACUCAAGCGUC